UGUGACAGUGACAUUGGACUUUUUCUUUAUAUUGUUCUCUAAUUCUCGCGUACUGACACCGGUCACCUGCCGGGUUUCCAGGUGGAACGGGACUUCCGAGAUACCUGCGGGCGCCGGACUGAUUUCACUGUUGCACCGUAAACUUUGAUAGCACCGGGAAGAGGGACCUUGUUCUACUCCCAGAAAUGGCCCAAACGGACACCAGGCUCCUGGUUUUGGGUGCCCUGGCUGGGGCCGCUGGUGUCAGCUUGGCGGUGAUCUGGUACCGGAGCCGGCAGCAAAGCCACAUCAGGAGCCCCCCCACACCACAUCUCUCCAGCAAUGCCCUGUGGGCCGGCCUGGGCAGGGGGCCGCCCGUGGAGCUGUCGUUGGACAGGCAGCAGGAGAUUCAGGAGCACCUGUGCGCCCUCGUCCAGUGUGUCUCCGAGCUCAAGGAGGAGGUGCUGGCUUUGAAGAAAGCCCUCCCUCAGCUCCAGGACCUGGUGCAGGAUGAGCUGCGUGGGCAGCGCUCUGCCUCUGGACCCCGGACCCCUCGCCGGAGGAGGGUCCCUGGGAGCAGCAGGGGAGAGAGGGAGAGCUCCGAGGAAGGCGAGAGCGAGGGAGGGUAUGUAACUGCGCACACAGACACCGAAGAUGAUGAGGAGGUCCCAGCCCGCACUGGAGGGGUGGCGGACAAGCUCAGCCUUCUGCUGAAGAGGGUGGACGGUCUUCAUAAGGGCUCAGAUGCAGAGAAAAAGGAGGGCUUCAGGGCACUGGAGAACAUGAAGGACAAGUUUGGAGAGAAUGAGCAGCUCCUCUGGCGUCUGGCUCGGGCGUACAAGGACUGCCAUGAUAUGGCCACUAGCCUCGAGGACAAGAAGUAUUAUGCCGAGGCCGGAAAAACCAUUGGAAGGGAAGCUGUCACGGUGAACCCGAGAUCUGCCGAAUGUCACCAAUGGUACGCCAUAAUGUGCGGACUCAUGUCGGAGUACGAAUCCGUGCAGAACAGAAUCAAGAACGGCUACCUCUUCAAGGAUCACCUUGACAGAGCCAUAGAGCUGAAUCCUGAAGAUCCCCUGUCCUACUAUCUCCUGGGCCGCUGGUGCUACGCUGUGGCCCAGCUGUCUUGGAUAGAGAGGAAAAUAGCAGCUACAUUGUUUGGAGAGCCUCCCAGUGCCACUGUCCAUGACGCAUUAAGGAAUUUCCUCAAGGUAGAGGAAAUUCAACCUAAAUAUUCGAAGUUCAACUAUGUAUUUAUAGCUAAGUGUUACAAGGACCUUGGACAGAUGCAGGAGGCGAGAAAAAUGUGUGAGGCUGCUUCUGCCCUGCGCAUAUUUUCCAAAGAGGAUGAGGAAGCUCAGACGAUGCUUGAGUCUCUCCUCUCUUCAAUCAGUUUCUGAUGGUGCUGGAGCUCUGGCUGAAGGAAUCUGCAAAGCUUACAUCCAAGUGACUACCAUCCAUGCCUACUGUAGCACCUCUGUGCUUCUCAGCACCAUCUGAGUUUUCCUGCCCCCCCCCUCCCCCAUAGCUGCAUAUUCCAAAUAAGCAAGGACCAGGUCCAGUUGGAAAGUAUGAUGCCCGAACUGUUAAACUCUGAUCAGAUAAUACCACAGUUGAGUCUUCUGUCCAGGAAAUUGCACCAAGGCACUCAUUAAUUCUGGUUAAAUGUGAGACAACCAAGAUGAUUCCAAUCAGACAAAUGCUUUCAAGGUUACUUGAUGUUAAUGGUGUGGCCUUGUCCCACACCCACUGGAUUCUCAGCACUGGGACCUGAGCAGUCAUGUCAGUGAUAUCAGGACCAUAACAGAAGGUCAGGAGAGACUGUCUGGUUUUGCGUUUUGUCUGGGAACCUGACAAAAAUCAGCUUCGAGGAAGCUGACUGACGCCGGGGGAAGUUAGAGAUAUGAAAUGAGAUGAAAGACAAAACCACUCAUUCUGACUUAACUGUGCUAACCAUCUCAGCUGAUGCUAAUGUUCACUUCUUGCCCCAUCAUUAUAACGGUGCCUGAUGUUUCUGCUCCUCUGUUAUGCAAUGACGUGCACAUGGCCAGUGAUCACCCAGUCACCAUUUCUGUGUCAUAGGUUAAAAUGCCAUCCCUGCAGUAAUAUACACACUAUGAAUCAGUACUGGAUAAGCAGUUACAUUCUUUUUUGCAUUUGGCAUGAUUUAUCUAUGCACCAGAUUUCUGCUCUAACUGAAGCAGGCUUGUACCACUUUGAACAUUACCUGCCCUUCUCUGCCGCCACUCUGCCUAACCCAGCCCCGUCAGAUCAUACCACCGGGGUCACAUUUGCUUAUUCCUGACAGAUUACUUGUGAUUCCAAAGGCAGUCAGUCUGUUUUACCGCAGUGCAAAGAACCAGUAAUAAUUUUUAAGUGUGUCAUAUUUCCUGCACUGGGCAGCUAGAAUUAAUGGCUAUGUUUUAACAUGUUUUACAAGUAUGAUGGAACGAAAGGCAGGCAUUUAAAAAAUCAGAAGGGACCUGUGUUCGAUUUGAAUUUAACUUGUGGGUAUUUCUGUAUUUUUGGGUAUUUGAAUAUUAUAAGAAAUUUUCAUCUAUUUAAGGUGCAGCUUGAUUGAAGCAGAGAUGUGGACAGUUUAUUUUUCUUACUCUAUCUUUGUUAACAUUGAUUUUUUUUUUUGCAUGGGAUCAUUUAAAUGUUUUUCUGUUAAGGUACAUCUCAGAAUUUGGUGCUUUUGGAGCUAUAAACGGUUCUGAAAUAUGUUUUAAUUGAUGGAAUACUUUAAAUGAUAGAGAUUAUAUUUUUUUAUGUUCCUCAUAAACGUAUUUUAAAUUUUAGCAAUGUUCAGUUUCUCAUACACUAAUUAUAUUUGCAGUUUGUUAACUCUAUAUAAAAGCCAUUGACUGUUGUUUUACAACUACAAAACAUAAUUUUAGAAUGUUCUUUUUGUCAUGAUUAAUAAAGACAAUAUUAAAAUUAUAGUGGCUUUUGGAUGUUGUUGUAUGACAGUUUUUAACUUUGUUUUUUUGGUAAAAGGGGAAUUUCUGUAUAACAAAUCUUGACUUUUGGUCGUAAUCCAAUGUAUGCAUUUUUCUCACGGUUUUUGCUUAACUAUUAACGGUAAAAUGUAGUUUUGUUCGUCGAGUUCCCAGCACCAAAAGCUGUAAAUAUGUUUAUGAGCCACUCUAGAGAUUGUCAGGUUUUGUCCACGUCUCCCAUCUCACUCUUGUAAUGCAGCAGGUAAUAUGUUACAGUAUUUAAUCAGUUUUGUUUAUUAAUACUGGAUUUAUUAGGGACAGACAUGUCUGUCCAAGGUUAGUCACCACUUUGUAUGAAAUGGGUGUCUGGGUAUGAAAAUUCUGUUGUGGAAAUGGGAGUUGUCUGAAAAAGUGAAUCAUUUUUUCCACUAUUUGUCAGUUUAUUACAGCUGUUCCUGUUCCGUACAGUUAUCUCAAACACCUGGCAUAGAUGGGGAAUUUUACUCCUGCCGGGAUGUGGGUGGGAACUAGCUCAUCAGAGCACAUUGAUGAGGCCAUCCUUGCACAACAUCCAAGCUCACCUUCACGCAAAGCUCCCUGAACACCAAACGGGUACUUAUGACCUAUCCCACUUGCAUCAGCUACUAAUCUGGAGCAUUUUCUGUUUUAAAAGUGACUAAUUGUUUUGUACCUUUUCAUUCCUUUGUGUUUUAUAUAUCCUGUUUUAUUUUUUCAUUUGUUUAGCUUUUAUUUAAUCUCGCUUAUUUCAUUUAGAUUUAUUUGAGUUUUCUCCAGUUUCAAUGACCUGUAUGUUGGUUACUUUUCUGUCUUUGGUUUUAUUUUAAUCCCAAAUGUGAAGCACAUUGAGGUGCAUUCCAUGUACAAAAAAGUACUAUAUAGAUAAAGAUUAUUAAUUUAGCAAUAUCUAAGUAGCCAUUUUGAAAAAAUGGUUUAAAAUUUGCACCAUGGUUAUGUAUGUACAGGAUAUUAAAAGAAGAAAUUUGUAAAUUAAUACAGUUCUCCACAGUCAUAGUUUAUAUUAGAAUUAGUUAACGUUACACCACCCCAGAGAAAAUGGUUUACACCUGAAAAACCUAAUAUUUUGGCUGAGUUGUCUUUCUUCCAUUCACUGACAAACUGUGUAUUUGCACGAGUUUUGAGUUGAAGAUGCUUUAGAGGCUAAGCUCUCUUUUGCUAAUACAAAGUCGGCCAGAAUUUUUUUUUCAGUGCAAUGUCUCAACAAGCAGUAGUUUGUAAUCUUUGUCAUAAUUUGACAGACUGAGGCCAUUUGGCAACCAUAGUGUAAGUACAGCUAGGUGAGUAUGUUCAUCUAUUUGCCGUAGCUCAUUAGUGCUUCUGAGCAUGCUGAUGGAGUUCUUACCAUCCUGUAAGCCUGGGCUCUAUAAGUUUUUGGUUUUAUGCAGAGGAAUCAUUGUGUUUUGUCUCUGCCUGGAUUAUCCAGUGGAUUUUAGUUUGAUGAUUGUGGCUCGAAGGAAUUGAAAGGCUGGGGUUUGUGUUGGACAAGUAUUUCUGUGUGUGGUUAUUCAUGUGGGUCCUAAUGUCCCCACAAUGUGGUAAAAUCUGUUAUUUUCACCUAGUUAUUUUCGCUCCACAAGACGGGAAUUUUUUUUUUUACGUUUUCUUUUUUUAAUCUGUGAAUGCAAUUGAAGAAUUAAAUAUGCCACAAGU